AUGGAGACCACUGAGGGCUCCCAGGCAGGGCUCCCUCCAGGGCUGGGUGCCAAGAUGAAGCAUUUCCUAGCCUUGCUGGAGGAGCACAGGGCUUCUCCGGCCCCCCCACCAGAGCUGGUGCAUAUGGCUGGAAGGCUGUGCCGAGAAUCACAGAGCAACCCUCCUCUGAUGCUGGAACCCCUGGCCGAAGCGGUGCUGGGAAGCCCCCACUGGCGGUAUUUCCUCUCCAGCAUGGAUGUGGUCCGAGUGUGCGUCCUGGUCCUUGCCUGUCGGGGCCAGCACCAGUCGGCCUGUCGGCUUCUAGAGCAAUGCAGCGAGGCUGAGGCUGGUGAGAAGGAGCAGCUGGUCCAGCUUUGGAACGAGAUUCACUACCGCAAGGUCAUGGAGAAAUACCGCGUGGAGGCCCUGACCCCCCUGCAGAAAUUUCGCUGCCGGAAAAGGAACCCUCCUCCUCCUUCUCUCUGCCCUGAGGGCGUCAAGAGCCGCAACUUCUGCAAAGAUGUGCGCCAGAAGCUCCUGGCCUUCGCUGCUGGAGAGACCACGAACCCUAACAGGGAGCAGCGGGGGAGGCUGGCCUUGGAGACGGGCCUGCAGCUCCACCAGAUCUACAACUGGUUCGCCAAUUACCGCCGGCGUCAGCGAUCGUCCCUCCAGAAGCGAGCAAAGUUCCAGGCCUUUCCCCAAGCUGAGGAAUCCGCACCAGAAGCCCAGCCUUGGCUGGACCCCGCGCCUUGCGGCCUCCAGCCCCAAGCUGGAUUCCAAGGAGAUGUUCACCUGGAGCCACCCGGGGCGCCCCUGGGUCCUUGUGAGCUGGCGUGGGAGCAGCCCGUCCUGGGCCUGAAGGGCCCUCCGGAGGAGGGGAUGACCAACUUGCUGGAUGCCAGGUUUGUGAGAAGCAGUGAGAUGCCAGUUGAGAAGUCAGGCCAGGAACCCCGGGCCCUCAUGCUGACAGCAGGACCCAGCUUCGCUGGAGAAGGCCCCAGCACUGCCAUCUACCCUCCUGCCUCCAACAGCAGACUGGGGCCCAUUCUUCCCACGCUGGCACCCUGGCCCGAGAGCUUCCUCUUGGGCCCCUGUGAGUCAAUGCCGGGCCAGGUCCAGGAAACAGUCUAUGGCCAAGAGCUUGAGCUCCUGCAGCCCAUCCCGGGAGUGCCCCGGGAGCCGGCCACCAUGGGGCCCCUCUCUGCCUUCUGGGAUCCCAGGCCCUCAGGCUACCAGGCUCCAUUGGACAGGAGCCCUCUCCGAGCAGGCAUGGGGCCCUAUCCUGAAGUGGACAGCAGACAGCCAGGCUGGGAGAUGGGCGACUUCAUGCUCAGGGAACAGCAGCUGGGACCCCUAGAAUGUGUCCUUCCACAAAGCUCGUCUGAGAUGGUGCUGGAGAAUCCCUCGAGUCCCCAGCAGAUAGAGGUCCUGGGGGAGCCCCAGGCUGUGGAGUACACCCAGAACCACCUGGCCCCUGCAGGAAACUCUGGAGCAGCCCUGGGUGGCCUGGACACCGUGGAGGAUGAGGAAGUGGUGACCACUCCUGUUCCAGGGGACUCCCGGAGCGAGCAGACCUCCAGCGACACUUUCUGGGCAGCUCUGCUGUUGUUUGAAUUCUCAGGGGGCAGCCGGGUGUGA